AUGUCAAUCUGGGAGAUUCUCCACUCGACCGCCACUCCUCCGACUCCUUCACAAGCAGCCUCCGGUUUCUCCAUCCAUGCCCCUUCGUCAACAGACAUCUGGGAGUGUCCACCAUCAACAUGCUCCUUUAACGCCCCGAUGUUCUACCAAUCGAUGCUGCUAUCUGAAUUCAAGCGAGCGAGAGUCACCAUGACUGCCAACUUGACGGGGCUUUACAGCCAAGCUGGCCUAGUGAUGGUGAUUUACUAUCCCGAUGGACGCCGCAAAUGGAUCAAGACCGGGAUUGAAAUCAUCCACGGUCAACAGAUGAUCGGUACAGUUGGCAAGGAUGAGUGGCCGGAUUGGAGUCCUGGCUUUGUGGUUACUAAGGAGAAUGAGGGAAGUGAGGUGACGAUUGAAUUGGCUCGCGAGGAACCGAACUUGUCGGUCUUUGAAAUAAACUGCGAGAACGGAAAGGAGAAGCGCAAAGUCAUUCGAGAAAUGACCUGGGGACUUGCUGGGGAUGGGACUGAGAAGUGUUGGGUUGGUGUUUAUGCUGCGAAGCCUGGCAAUACAGGGGAGGAUUUGGUGGCGAACUUCAAAGGACUCGUUGUGGAUAAAAUAGAGCCUUAG